UAUUGUCCUACGAUAGGUUAAUUAUAGCCACACUGCCCGUACGGUCCUAGGCCUUCCCAAAAUAAUGAUUGGAUCAGCGUAGAGACCGAACCUCCUCCUUUUACUUCUUCGUCUUCUCUCUCUCUCUCUCUCUCUCUCUCUCUCUCUCUCAUUCUCCCUCUCUCUCUCUCUCUCUCCAGUUCAUUCGCUCUCCUAUGGGACACUUGUAUACCGCGUCUAACCCUCGUACGUAGCGGUAGUACAAUAUUCGCAAGAAAAACAGCUGUCGAUGGUUUGUCUCGCAAAGAACAGCUGGAAAUUCAGUCGUGCGCGCCAUUUCUUGUUCGUGUUAAUACGUACGUCGAUCGUUUCGAUUCGUUUCACUUCGGGUUCAACCACCAACUCAGAUCCGACCAAUUGAUCUUCGAUCAAUUUGACUUGUUAAUUAAAUACGAAAUCGUAGAUUAUGUUUACCAGUGGGGGAUAUGUUUACUAGUGUUGUGGUUUUAUCUUCUUCUAGCUGAAAGUUGUUGGGUUUAUGUCAAGAAUAAGACACGAGGUGUCAAGGUUGUUUUUAAUGAUGGUUUCUGUGUGAUUAAGAAAAAAUAGAAAGUGUUCCUUGCAUACUUCUUUACCGCCGUAAAGAUUCUGAUGGCUGUAAUUCAAAAUACUAGAACGAAAGUUUAAGAAGUAUUAUGGAACAAUUCCAUGAUAUAAGCGAUGAAAACUUAAACAUAAGUGAUGUCAUUGAAGUCAUCCAAACCACCGACCCUGGUUUUGUGGAAUCUAACGGGCAGGUGGAUCAAGAAAUGGUCGAUAUGGGUGGAGCGCGGUUGGCUCAGCCCUACGUGGAAAUAAUAGAACAACCUGCGAGCAAAGCUUUGCGUUUCCGCUAUGAAUGUGAAGGUAGAUCUGCAGGUAGUAUACCUGGAGCCAACAGUUCGCCGGAAAAUAAAACUUUUCCUACUAUAAGAAUAGUAGGCUACAAAGGUCGAGCUGUGGUAGUAGUAUCUUGUGUAACGAAAGAUUUGCCGUACAGACCUCACCCUCAUAAUCUUGUUGGCAAAGAAAUAUGUAAACGAGGUGUCUGUACUCUCGAAAUUUCAUCUGAAAACAUGACAGUUACCUUUGCUAAUUUGGGUAUUCAGUGUGUCAAAAAAAAAGACAUAGAGGAAGCACUUAAAAUCAGAGAAGAAAUUCGUGUUGAUCCUUUUCGAACUGGUUUUGAACACAAAAAACAGCCUACCAGCAUUGACCUUAAUGCAGUAAGACUGUGUUUUCAAGUUUUUUUAGAAGGAUCGCAAAAAGGAAAAUUUACUCAUCCGUUAUCACCUGUAGUAUCAGAUCCUAUUUUUGAUAAAAAGGCAAUGUCCGAUCUUGUGAUCAACAAGUUAAGUCAUUGCAAUGCUCCUGUUGCUGGCGGUAUGGGGAUGAUUCUUUUAUGCGAGAAAGUGGCAAAAGAAGAUAUUCAAAUUAGAUUUUUUGAAGAAAAAGAUGGACACGUUACAUGGGAAGGAUUUGGAGAUUUUCAACCGUCUCAAGUACACAAGCAGACAGCGAUCGCGUUUCGAACGCCUAGUUACUGUACGCAAGAAAUAGAACAACCGGUACAAGUUUACAUCCAACUGAAGAGGCCAUCGGACGGUGUGACAAGUGAUCCGUUACCAUUUGAGAUGUUACCAUUAGGUACAGGUAUGCCUGCUUUCUGGUCUUUACGGAAAGCAUUUGCUCGUAAAAAAGCAGAUUAUAGUACGUUUGGUAAAAUUUUAACCACCGAGGCUACUAUGUUCCCCAAUGUAGUACCAAGAGUGCCUUGUAAUAUCGAUGAAUAUAAUAAUAAUGAUUUUGACAUAAAAAGAUCGAAUAAUAAAAUUUCAGUGCUGCGUGCUCUGAAUGACUUGUACAAUAUUAAAAAUACUACAAAUUCUUGCAACGGAAGUACUAACAUUGAUCAAAACAAUGUAAAGAAUGUUGAAAGUUUUGUAAAAAAUACUAUUGAUUAUGAAAAUAAUGAAAUAUCAAUAGAUUCUAACAAUAUGAUGAAAGGAAAUAUAAAAGUUAAUAAAUAUAUUACUGGUAAUGAUAACGGUAGAGAGAAUAAUACAUUUUCAAACGAUUAUAGAGAAACGGUCGAUAACCAAUCAGAAAUUAUUUCUCAAACAAAAUUAGAAUUAGCAAACGAUAUAAAAUGCUUGAAUAAAAACACGAGUAACUUUAAACAUAAAUCUGAUUGGUUUGAUUAUUCGGAAGUAGGAAAGUGGGUACAAAAGAGUCAAGCAUCUUUCAAAGAAAAAGAAAAUACAGCUGAGAUUAAAAGCGAGAUGGAGGAUGGUAAUAAAUCAUUAAACGAUUUGAUAUCGCAAGUGGAGGAGUUGGAUCAGAUUUACGCAGAUACCCAUACAAAACUGUUACAAGCUGCUCUUGAUCAAAAUUUAGUCGAACGAUCUAUGGACGUUGAUGUUUGUGAUAAUCAAACCUAUACGAGUCUUCAAAUGGCUAUGAAAAAUCCAAUAGAGUUACUUGAUAUACCUGAUGAAAGAAGAUACGAAGAUGUAUCGACUCCAAAACAGGAUGUAUGCGUAUCAGUGACUUCUUCGCCAAUAACAGCGAAAAGAGACGUGACACAAGAAUUUGAAGAAAGAUUACCUCCCCUACCACCUAAACGUAUACGUAAAAUGUCUUCGAUGCCUGUUUUACCACGACCUACGUCCUCUCAACCAAUAAUCGAAUCUUCCUCUGAAGCUCCAAAUAAAAAUUUACCAUCCCUUCCUGGUACCUUACCCAAACAAUCGAAACAAAGUCUCUUUUCUAAACUAUUCGCAAAGAAGAUGAAAAAGGACAAAGAUAUCACUUCCAAUGUACCCACCGGCAAUAAUAAUCGUUUGUUUAAUGCAAGCGAGAGUGCUUCGUUUUUGUUAAAAAGUACUCAAGAUAAUUCUGCAACACAAAUGUCUAGACAUAGUAUUGCAAGUAUAUCUAGUGUUAAAUCUCUUACGCUAGAAGGUGAUGAAACACCACCUUACGGGGCUGACUUGACUGAAGCCGAGCACUAUGCUCUUUAUACCACUAUGGCACCACACGCAACAGCGUCUGAAUUCGAUGAAAUGUCUUUUUAUUAUAGUCCUGUGGAGGGAGGAAAAAUAUUAACGGAAGGAAAAGGAUCUUAAUAUUCGAUAGAAAAUAUUGAUUGUCUGUUUUGUUUCUUUUUCUGUUCUUGUUUUUUUUUCUUUUUUUUUUCUUUUUUUUUUUUUUCUUUUUAUUUUGUUUCCAAGUAUACUGCCAUUGAAAGUGUUAUAUACCACCUUCUUCUUUAUGAUAUAAUCGCAUUAAAAAUAUUCAAAAUUUGACAAAGAUUGUAUUAUACUAUUGCGAUAAUAUCGCAUUUUGUAGCAUGAAAUAUUUUUACAAGACAUUUCUGCUUUCAAUUUUACAUUUACAAUUUUGCAUUUUCAUGCUGUAAUGUAACUUUAUAAUCAAGGAGAAAUUUUGAGAAACUAUUAGGUUUAAAAUUACGUUUUUGAAGAUGCAUAUUAGUAAUUUGAUGUGGUCAUUUACCGCAUUUGUUUAUGCGGUUUAAAUAUUUGCAUAUUGUUAUUUUUAUAAAUAAAAAAAGUCGUCUACGUGUUUGACGUUUCAGACGCUGUUUGCUAAUGGUAUAAAUUGUAAAUGCCGCCAAUGAAACUUGUUGUUUGUUAUGAAAGAAAGUAAAAACCAUGUCUAGUCAAGUUUUAUAGUCCUGUUGAAAAUAUUAAAUUUGUCAGAUUAUUACUAUCUUAAUAUUUAUAACUUGUUAUGUUUAGUAUACUAUUGGAGUUUUUUUCUUGCUUAUAUAACUUAAUGUUAUAAUUAUUUUAUUGCUUAUUAUUUGAGAUUUUGUAAACUUUAUCGUGUAAUAUGAGUAUUUAUAGACUUUAUAGGAUAUGGUUUUUGUUUGUUAGUAGAAAAAAUUUUAAUGAACAAUUUAUAGGACUUCGAAACAUAUGGGGCCUUUGUAGAAAAAGCUAAAUUUUCUUAUUAAAAUAACUGAUUAUUAAUAUACAAAACUUUCUAGAUGAUCGUGAUUCGUUCAGGCGAAAGAGACAAAAAUUUAAUGACAGCCCAAAAGCGAUAGUCUUGAGACAUAUACAGGCAGAGGCUAAAAAUAGUGAGUAUUUUUCUAAAAUCUAUUACAAUUUUGGAGC